CGUUGCCCUCAAGGGAGAUAUCCCCAGUACUAGUUCCCCGCUUUCCACUUACCAUGCAGAUAAACUCACCGGAAAGUUUUCACCAAAUGCUCCGGUAAGAUCUGCCUAUCAAACGAUCUCAAUUCUAGACAUACGAUAAUCGUCUUCUUUUUUGUGCAGGACGUCGCAACGACCUGAACGGCGUUUGGAGGUUUCAUCCAACGCGGAUUUCAUGCGAGGUUCUUCCAGCUCGUGUUCAGGUCUGCGCGACAUGCCAGCGACCUAUGGACUAGAAUACCAUUUUGACUGGGAUUCGGACACUGUCUUCGAUUUUGUGUCUCAUCCCAGUACGGCCCUAGUUCCAGACUUGACAGGCUGUGUGGCGAACUUCGAUGAACAGGAGCCGUGGCCUUUGCCAAACAUCAAUGCUGUAUCGGUCCCAGCAAGUCCGUCUGGCUUCAUUGCGAGUCAAAUAUCAGGACCUUCCUCUUCAAUGCUAGAAGGCGGUCACCGUGAAUGUCAUUCAGGAGUUCACGUCAAUUUGUCCAAGAUGGACUGUACAGAUCUUAUGAGUUCGAGGGAAUUCGAGCCCAUUGUUGCGGUGUGUCAUAAUCCGAAUGCCUGGUGGCUCCAACAACUCAUAUAUCAACACUAGAAUGCCAGCACCAACGUGAGCAAGAGAUUCAAAUGUUGUGAUUGCGGGAAAGAAUACACAGCGAAGCACAAUUUGCAAUGUAUGUUCAAACAAUUCAAGUUCCAACAAUCCAGUACUCAUCACUUCGAUGUCUUGGCCUGCAUUUUGUCUAGCUCAUAUCAACUAUAAGCAUAUCAGGCAUCUGAAAAAUAGAAAU